AAAAGUAACCAAAAUGAAAUGUGAAAAUCUGCUAUGCAGAAACGUGGAAAAAGGGGGCUAGAAAUUCGCGACACAUGCAACACUUUAUGCAUAGGAAAUUAGACCUCACACUCAGUGGCAAAAAUGAAGAUUUAUGAAACCAUUAAAAAGAAGAAGGUCCAUGAAAUUGUAUUGUAAAAUUCGAGUGUGAAAAGUGCUGAAAAAACUAACAAUGAAAUAGCCAAAGGAAAUGUCCAGUCAAACGUUUAAGCAACGAGGCGGAGGUGCACCUCCGAGAUCAGAUAGAAAUGCGAAUGAGGAGAAUCAUCAUCAUCAAGAGCAACAGCUCCAGCAGCAGCAGCAGCAGCAGCAGCAGCAGAGUGAGGUGGAGUCAGAGAAGCUGCGUCAGGAGCUGCAACCACUGCCACAAUUGGGUGCAAAACCCAAGAACCAGAGGGAGAAUCAAGCAAAGAACCAAAGCCAAAGGAUCCUCCAAACAAAGACUGAAAAUCAAAAUCAAAAUCAGCGACACAAAGGCCUCACUAUGCAGGGUUAUGGCAACUAUAUGGAAUUGGAGUUUAUACAAACAGAAGACCAGCCAGCAGGGAUAUUGAAUGACCUGCCCGUGAGCUAUGCCACCACCAGUGUGGGGGCACCACCACCCUAUCGCGAGCCACCACCGCCUACACCGCCACCACUGUCACAGAUACCGUCCAGAGAGUCGCGACUGUUGCAUUCAGCACCAAAUACACCCAUACGUGGCAAGGUUGUCCUGAGCAAGAAGGAGCGAAAGGAGCUGAGCAAACAAUUGGGCUUGGAGGAUCUCCAGGGAUUGCCUCUGGGCGGUAGUUCCUCGGCGCAGUCCAGUCCUUACAAGGGCAGAGUUAGCGAACUAAAGAACUGCAUUGCCAGAGGACUAUUCGCCACGCUACAUCGGGGAACGCCGAAGGAAAGGGAACUGCAAAUCAAUCAGGAAAUAUCUCCACCACCGCCAGCACCAGAAUCGGGCAACAAUAACGAGGACGCGGCCGACUAUGCCGAGAAGCUGAAAAAUCUACCAGUGCGCCAGCGAAAGGUGGCCACAUCCCACAUGGACAACUAUUGUCUGUUCGACCCGGUGGAUUUUAUCAAUGAAAAAGCGAUGCGAUAUCCCAGUGCCACCACCUCGCAUGGCCUCAGGGAUCCCCUCUUCAGUUCGCGACAGCAUUUGGUCUGCGAAGACGAGGAUGAAAUGGUGCCCGAAGUCAUUUACGACAAUGAAGAGCUGGAAAUUGAAGAGGAUACCAUCAUUAUAGAGACCUCCGCACUGCCCGAAGCGGAAACCGAAGGCUGUGCCGAGCCCAAGGAUGUGCGGAUACACUUUGAUCAUCACAAUUAUUUCGUGAUUGAGCCAGGCGUAUGCACAAUGGACAUUGGAAUUCCUAAUCCGUAUACGAAUGAGCAACUGGUGAAUGCAAAUCUAGAGCAACAGAAUUUGGAGAAACUCUUCCAAGAGCUGGAAAAUCCCGCCAGCAUGUCCAACAGUCAGGAGUCGAAGGAUACAGAGACCACUUCCACGGCUCUCGUGGAGUCUUCGACUUCCACAAAUUCAGGGAGUUCCAUGGGGAGUACUUCCAUUCCGAAUCAGGCGCAGCAUUCCAUGAAAAAGAAGUUGACAUUUCUCAAUCUUUCACCCUUUCGUGGUGGGGGUAAGAAAUCGGGGGAUAAAACCACCUUUGAACAGCAACAGCGAGCCAUUUCGGAGCUCGUGAGCACCGAUCACAUGUUGCACUUGCAACAACUGCUGCAUCAACAACGCAGGGAUCAGCGCUCGCAUACGGUUCCAGUGCCCACGGAAUCCAAUUAUGUUUUAUUUAAUCCCGGACCAGUGCCCAGUCGUCAUGUGCAGUACAAGAUACGUAAAUCGCGUCCCUUAUCAACGCACAGCGAUGCCGAUAGUGGAUUUUUGUCGCCUUGUUCGCCAGAUGAAAUGAGAGGAAAUCCAGCCAUAUUGGUGCUGCAGCAAUGCGACAGUGUUCAGGGUUAUAUUGAGAUCUACACGGAUUGGGCCAACUAUUAUUUGGAGCGUGCCAAAUCGAAAAGAAAAGUCACAGAUCUCUCAGCAGACUGUCGCGAUGGCCUGCUGCUGGCGGAGGUUAUUGAGGCUGUUACCAGCUUCAAGGUGCCCGAUUUGGUCAAGAAGCCAAAGAGUCAACAGCAAAUGUACGACAACGUUAAUUCGUGCCUCCAUGUGCUGCGCGGACAGUCCGUUGGUGGAUUGGACAACAUCACAACGAAUGACAUUUGUGCCGGCCGCUUAAAGGCUGUCCUUGCACUGUUCUUUGCUCUGAGCCGCUUCAAGCAGCAGGCCAAGCAAACCAAAUCGAUUGGCGUCGGUUGUGGUGGCAGCAGCAACAACAGUGGAGCUGGCAGUGGCACCUCCAAUACGGCACUGUCUGGUGGUUCAGUACUGGGCAUUGGCUUGGGCGGAAGUCUGAGAGCUCCAGGAUCAGCGGGCACACUGCUACACGAUAAGAAUCAACAGGAGCAGCAGAAGCAACAACUGCAACAACAGCAGCAGCAGCAAACACCUCAACAAUUGGCUCAAUCUUUGGAAAACGGGAAUGAAAUGGUGAAUCGACAAAUAGCACCCGCCUAUAAGGUCAAUGGCGGCACUGCCAUACCACUGCCAGCCACCGUUAUGGUGCAACGUCGCUGUCCACCGGAUAAAGUGCGUCCACUGCCACCGACACCAAAUCAUACGCCAUCCAUACCGGGACUGGGCAAGAGCGGAAGUGAUUUCAAUACGAGCCGUCCAAAUAGUCCGCCCACCAGCAAUCAUACAAUCCAAAGCCUCAAGAGUGGCAAUAACAACAGCCUACGUCCACCGAGUGUCAAGAGCAACCACCAGAGCGGAAUACCCUCACCGAGCAGCCCCCAGACGACGAGCCACACAACGACAACAACGACGGCGGCAGCAGCAGCUGCACCGCAGAAGCACUCGAUGCUGGACAAGCUGAAGCUCUUCAACAAGGAGAAGCAGCAGAAUGCAGUGAAUGCAGCGAGUGCGGCAGCCAACAAAUCGCAGAUCCAGCAGCAACAAUCGAAGCGCACAUCCUCCUCGUCGGGGUUUAGUUCGGCGCGUUCCGAGCGCUCCGACUCUAGUUUGAGUCUCAACGAUGGCCACAACUCGUCCCAACUGAAGCCCCCGAGCAUCAGUGUGACGUCGCAGAAGCCCCAACAGAAGCACAACACGAAGCAAUCGAAGCUGCUGGCGGCACAGCAGAAGAAGGAGCAAACGAAGUCCAAGCUGGACAAGAAGGAGAAGAGUCCGGCCCGUUCGCUGCACAAGGAAGAAUCCGGGAAUGAGUCCCGCAGCUCCACGAUGGGCAGAGCGGGCAAAAGUUCACUGGCCAGAGGAGGCCUCGGACUGGGACUCGCGGUGGAGAAGAAUACACUGAAGACAGCGUCCAAGUCCUCGCUGCACUCCAAGUCGGAGUCGAAGAGCUCGUUGAAGGGUGCCGGAGUCCAGCAGCAGCAGCUGCUGCACAGUCCGAGUGGCACGGGUCUGCCCAAACCCAUUGCGGCGAUCAAGGGCACCAGCAAGCUGCCAGCCCCAUUGGGUGGGGAGCAACUGAAGCGGGAAACCAGCGACAUAUCAGCGGCCAAUCAGGCAACACAGACAACACAAAACAUAUCCAUGGCCGGGCAGGAGCAGCCACAGAGCAGCACAUCGACACCACAUAUCCUAAAGGCUGCAGCGCCACCGCCGUACUAUGCGAAUAGCAGCAGCAGUCCACCCACACACAUAUCACAGGGACAUCCGGGAAUGGGAGGAUACCUCAGUGAGCCCAGCACACCACAGCAAGGCAUCUACGGAAGCAGCACUGGGAGUCGUCUGCCACCUCCCAAGACAGCGCUGGGGGCACCACGCAAGUUGGAGUACAAUGCCGGACCCCACAUCCUGUCAUCGCCUCCGCAUCGCGGGGCAGGGCUGCAGCGGCCGAUGCCCAACUCGGCACCGAAUACACCCACUGCAUCGCCGCACAAGUUCCACACGAUUCCCUCGAAGAUUGUGGGCACCAUUUAUGAGUCGAAGGAGGAGCAGCAGCCCCAACAGUCGGGCGGCUGUUCCGCCGGAGCCUCAGUGCUGCCAAUGAGGCCCCUUCUUAGGGGUUACAACUCCCAUGUCACGCUGCCUACACGCGGAGCUCGCGGUGGCCACCAUCACCCGCAUCAGUCGUACUUGGAUUUCUGUGAAUCGGAUCUGGGGCAGGGCUACUGCAGCGAUGGCGAUGCCCUGAGGAUUGGCAGCUCGCCGGCCACCAGUCGCUAUCAUGACAUUGACAAUGGCUAUCUAUCGGAGGGCAGCAGUGGCCUGAAUGGCCACUCCACCAUCGGCGGAUCAACUGGCGGAGGUGCCGUGUCCCAUGGCAAACACUUUCUCAGCAUGAUGAGGGCGAGAACGCAGCUGCCAACGACCAUUGAGGAAAGAAUUCGCAAUAGUCGCGGCUCUCUAGAUAGCAUUGGAACCGCCGCAAACGGCAGCUCUGCGGCCAGUCAGGCCAGCUCCAGCGGCGGCUCCACCACCCACAGCAGCAACAGCAACAGCAACAGCACCACAGCCAAUCACAACAACAACCACAUCAACAACAACAACAGCGGUGGUAAAAUGGAUGGCAGUCCACACCAUCGUCCGGGAUCACGCAAUGGCAGGGAUAACUGGAGCAAAAUGCCAGAGCCCCUCAAUGGGCAAAAGGGUGACAAAUCGUCGGAGAAAUCAUCGCCAUCGCGUCGGAGCAUGGGCGGAGGGAGCGGCGGAUCCUCCAAGCAGGGAUCGCCUUCGUCUUCGUCGCGAACUAAAGGAGUGCCGCCAAGUUUUGGCUAUGUAAAGAGAGCCAAUGGCAGCAUGUCGUCCACCGCAGAACAGCAGAAUAUUGUCAUGAUGAUGGCAGCCGGAGGAGGACAAGCGCAACAGGUCAAUGGCUUGCCCUGCGGCAGGACCGCCCAUGUGUCGGCAGUGCCAAGGACAGCAAAUGGACGAAAGAUUGCGCCCGGCACACAAACAUUGCCCAAUGAUAUGAACACAGAGCUAACACCGAAUACCCAAUGUCGCAGCUUCUCAUUGACAGGACCGACAGCAGCGCAGUUGAGUCAAUCGAUACGCGAACGUUUGGCCACAGGAUCGCAUAGUUUGCCAAAACCAGGCAGCGACAUGCAUGUCUUUCAGCAUAGAAUGUCCAAUCGCCCGGGCACACGACACGAUGGUUCCCUCUCCGAUACGCAGACCUAUGCGGAAGUCAAGCCCGAAUACAGUUCGUAUGCCAUGUGGCUGAAGCAUAGCAAUACCGCGGGUUCACGUCUCUCUGAUGGCGAUGCCAUUGAGCAGCUGCAAAUUGGAUCGCCAGCGAUGACCCGCCAUGGGCACAAGAUGAUACACAAUCGAUCGGCGGGUGGCCUCCCCCCCGGUGGACAAAUGCAACCCAUGCAGGGCAAUGAGUCGCCCUAUGUGCAGAGUCCCCGCAUGAAUCGGAGUAAUAGCAUCAGCUACUUGCAAGAAAGGACAUAUCCAAGAUCCACAAAAUCGGAGAAAAUGUACCCCUCGAUGCUGAGCCGCGGCGGGGAUGUGGAAAUCGAGCCAUACUACUGCCUGCCGGUGGGCACCAACGGCGUGUUGAGCGCCCAAAUGGCAGCUGCUGUGGCGGCACAGGCACAGGCUCAAGCGCAGGUCCAGGCCCAGGCACAGGCACAAGCCACGCAGGCAAAUUCCGGCAACAAUGUGGUGGGAGGUUCCGUGGCCUGGAGCCAGCCCACAUCGCCCACGCCCCUCAAUCGUGGCCCCUUUGCGGCGUCAGUAGCAGCGGCGGCAGCAGCUGCUGCUGCAGGGGUUCUAUCACCCACUCAUGGAGCCACCGCAGGAGCCACUGGAAUGGUUGGUGGCAUGGGCAUGGGACCUGGCGCUGGAUCCGGUCUAACUGGCGGACAUCGCCUCACCUAUCCCAAGAAGAAUGAUGACGUGCACGGCAGUGCCGCAUCGCUGCUGUCGGGCGGCAGUUCCCUUUAUGGUUCCGCUGAGGAGCGGCAGGCCCACGAGAUACGAAGAUUGAAGCGCGAACUGCAGGAUGCACGGGACCAGGUGCUCAGCCUAAGCAGCCAGCUGUCAACCAAUGCCCAUGUGGUGACUGCGUUUGAGCAAUCGCUGACCAACAUGACCAAUCGCCUGCAGCAGCUGACGGCAACGUCGGAGCGCAAGGAUGGCGAACUGACGGACAUGCGGCAGACGAUUGAGCUGCUGAGGAAGCAGUCGAUACAGGCGGGACUCACCACAGCGCAUAUGCAGAGCAUGGGACAGAAUCAGCAUCAGAUGCAGUCGCAGUCGCAGGCCGGCGAUCAGAAGCCACCGCCAGGACCCGGUGGCAGUCGGUCCACCAGCAAUGGCAAUGGCAAUGGCAUGCCUCUUGGACUGGGCAUGGUGCGUCAGCACAGCACGGAUUCGAUGUGCUCGUUGAACUCCAUUAGCUCGGGCUGCUCCGCGGCGCAGGAUAAGAACAAGGCCAACAAGAAGAAGGGCUGGCUGCGAAGCAGCUUCACCAAGGCCUUUUCUCGCAAUGCCAAGAUCUCGAAGACUAGUCGCCAUGUGGGACACCAGCAUCAGCAUCACCACCACAAUCAGCAGGAGCACGGCUCGGGGAAGGCAACGCUGCCCAAUGGCCAUGGCGGUGAGCCGCUGGGUCUGGCUGCUUUGGCCACUCAGCCGGCACCGCCGUUGCCCAACAGCAAGCAGAGCAGCCCAGCCAAGACCCUGACGCUGAUUGACAAUGCCAAGCCCAUCGAUGCCAUCGACGGGGAGGAUCAGCAGGUGGUGGAGGAUCUCAAGAAGCAGCUGCGCGAGAAGGAUCUCGUGCUCACGGACAUACGGCUGGAGGCUCUCAGCUCCGCCUCGCAGCUGGAGAGCCUCAAGGACAUGAUGAACAAGAUGCGCGCCGAAAUGAUGUCCCUCAAGCAGAACAACGAGCGUCUGCAGAAGCUGGUCACAACCCGCUCCCUGGCCGGCUCCGAGGUGAGCCUUGGGCAGGCAAUCAGCCCCAAUGGCUCGGUAGCGGGCAGCUCUGAGGUCUCGCGCCGCUACUCGCUGGCCGAUGGCAGUGCGCGACCGCCCAUGGAGCUGCCGGCACGCCUCAGUGAGGAGUUGGAGGAGGAUUGCAUGCCUCCAGCACCGGCGCCAGAGCCACCGCCACCGCCAGCACCAAACACCGCUGCUGUGGCGCCUCUCAGUCCCAGCACACACAUCGAUCUGACGCCUCCGCCGCCGGCCUUGGAGGCAGCACCGUUGACCAGUCCCGUGCACAUGCCCAGCGCCGUCGAAGAUCUGCCCGAUGUGUGCGACGGCAAGAAGAUUGCCAUCGCCUGCUACCUCGGACAGCCCGAGUCGUUUGCCAAGUACUGCGAGGAGUUGCAGGAGCUGGAUGGCUUCUAUGCCAACGGCUCGAUCAUUGCCAGCCACGAGGCUGCUGCCCAGUCGCAGGGCGAGCGAAAGGUGAGCUUCGCGGCAGCUAGCUCCAACGAGUUUAUCGUCGCCUGCACCUACAUCUCGGGCAAGACGACCUGGCAGAACCUGGACUACAUUGUGCGCAAGACCUUCAAGGACUAUGUGGCGCGCAUCGAUCCGGGCACCAACCUGGGCCUCAACACGGACUCCAUCACGUCGUACCAUCUGGGCGAGGCUAAGCGCGGUCCAGAGAUGGGUUUCCCCGAGCUGCUGCCCUGCGGCUACAUUGUCGGCAGUGUCCGGACGCUGUACAUCUGCCUGCAGGGCGUUGGCAGUCUGGCCUUUGACAGCCUCAUUCCGCGCAGCAUUGUGCACCGCUACAUCAGUCUGCUCACGGAGCACAGGCGACUCAUACUGUGCGGUCCGAGCGGCACUGGCAAGUCCUAUCUGGCGCGUCGUUUGGCCGAGUUUCUGGUGGCGCGUGCGGGACGCGGAAAUCCCUCAGAGGCCAUUGCCACGUUCAACGUGGACCACAAAUCCUCAAAGGAUCUGCGGCAGUAUUUGGGGCACAUUGCCGAGCAGGCGGCCAUUGCGAAUGGCGCUUCGGAGUUGCCUUCUGUGAUCAUUCUGGACAACUUGCACCAUGCCUCGGCCCUGGGCGAUGUCUUCUCCUGUCUGCUGAGUGCCGGACCGGCCAAUAAAUUGCCCUGCAUCAUUGGCACCAUGUCGCAGGCCACCUGCAACACGACCAAUCUGCAGCUGCAUCACAAUUUUCGAUGGGUCCUUACGGCCAAUCACAUGGAACCCGUCAAGGGCUUCCUUGGACGCUUCUUGCGGCGGCGACUGUUCCAGCUGGAACUGCAGACGCAGCAUCCGCAGCCAGAGCUGGCUUCGGUGCUGGCCUGGCUGCCCUCCGUCUGGCAGCACAUCAAUCGGUUCCUGGAAGUGCACAGCUCCAGUGACGUGACCAUUGGGCCGCGCCUGUUCCUCUCCUGCCCGCUGGACCUGAAGGACUCGCAGGUGUGGUUCACCGACAUUUGGAACUAUCAUCUGUCGCCCUACCUGGUCGAGGCAGUGCGCGAGGGAGUGCAGCUGUAUGGGCGCCGUGGCGGAGCCUGGAACGAUCCCUCUGCCUUCAUUCGCAACUCCUAUCCGUGGCCCUAUGGGCCCGACUCGGUGCCACCGCUGCGACAGAUCAAUGCCGAGGAUGUGGGCCUCGAGGGCGUGGCAUUGACAAACGGAGAGAACCAGGAUCCCUUGCUCAAUAUGCUGAUGCGUCUGCAGGAGGCUGCCAACUAUUCGGAGGCGCAGGAUCAGGAGUCGGACUGCGCCAGUCUGGACUCCAAUGUGACGCCAGACAGCUCUGCGGGCGCCGAGUAAACGUCUCCACUUCGUACAUGCCAAAUUCAAAAAGGACUAACCCCGAACACGUAAGCUGUGGGCCCGCUGCACUCUCUGUCCUAGCUGUCCCCCUAAUCCGCACAAAUGAGAUUUCUUGCACUACUUUCGCAGCCGAGUUCUUAAGCAGUUCCAAGAGGUUUCCAUUUGCACCAACUCUAUUUCUGUAUCUUCUCGAUAUCCUCCCCAUGAUCCGAUCCAUUCCCACAUCUAGAGUAAAUUGCACUUUUUAGCGCACUUGUUAAAAAUGCAAAUUGUCCAUCUCCAACCACAACCACAACCACAACCACACCCGAACCAUUUAGAAUCACAUUCAACUCUCGUAAUUGGGCCCCCAGCUGCGCUUCAAUGCUCGAACCAAACCCCCCCUAAAAUGAGAGAAGAGAACCUUAACUAACAUGAAAUGUUAAACAAUUGAGAAACACAUCGUUUUUGUACAUAG